AUGGUAAAGUUAGUGAAAGUCUCUUCAUUUUUUUCUAGAGGACUUAACCUUACCGUGCACCAUGAUGAUGAUGGUGAUGGGAAUGAACCUGAUAAUGCUGAGGAACAUAAUGCUGAGGAACAUGAUGCUGAGAAACAUGAUGAUGAUGCUGAUGAUGAUGAUGAUGCUGCUGAUUAUGAUGCUGCUGACGAUGCUGAUGCCGACGACGACCAUGAACAUGAUGAUGAUGACGAACAUGAUGCUGAUGACGAACAUGAUGCUGAUGAUGCUGAUGACGAACAUGAUGCUGAUGAUGCUGAUGACGAACAUGAUGCUGAUGGAGGAACAUGA